GGCAACCAGAUUUUGGUGGCGCGGGAUCGUGGGGGCCGCGGCGCUGACCAGAGGGGCUGGGCGACCCUUGGUUCUGCUGCCGGUGAGGCGUGAGAGUGCCGGGGCCGACACGCGCCAAAUCGAGCCCUCGGCUGGGCGCGGUGGCUCACGCCUAUAAUCCUAGCACUUUAGGAGGCCGAGGCGGGUGGAUCACGAUGUCAAGAGAUCGAGACCAUCCUGGUCAACAAGCCACUGUCAGACCACGGAAUGAUGCGGCCCACAAGCAGCUCUCAGCUUUUGGAGAGUAUGUGGCUGAAAUCCUGCCCAAGUAUGUCCAGCAAGUUCAGGUGUCCUUAUUCGAUGAAUUAGAGAUCUGUAUCCAUCCUGAUGGCAUCAUCCCAGUGCUGACUUUCCUCAAGGAUCACACCAAUGCACAGUUCAAAUCCCUGGCUGACUUGACAGCAGUGGACAUCCCAACUCGACAGAACCGUUUUGAGAUUGUCUACAACCUGUUGUCUCUGCGCUUUAACUCACGGAUCCGUGUGAAGACCUACACAGAUGAGCUGACGCCCAUUGAGUCCCUUACCUCUGUGUUCAAGGCAGCCAACUGGUAUGAGAGGGAGGUCUGGGACAUGUUUGGCGUCUUCUUUGUUAACCACCCUGAUCUAAGAAGGAUCCUGACAGAUUAUGGCUUCGAGGGACAUCCUUUCCGGAAAGACUUCCCUCUAUCUGGCUAUGUUGAGUUACGCUAUGACGAUGAGGUGAAGCGAGUGGUGGCAGAGCCAGUGGAGUUGGCCCAAGAGUUCCGAAAAUUUGACCUGAACAGCCCCUGGGAGGCUUUCCCAAUCUAUCGCCAACCCCCAGAGAGUCUCAAGCUUGAAGCGGGAGAGAAGAAGCCUGAAGCCAAGUAGCUCCAAGGAAGGCGUGUGCAUCCUAGAAAGCCCCUUAUCUAUAAUUGAGUGUCCAUGUAAAUAAAUUCCUACUUAAACUCA